GGCGUUUUCUACUCGUGCGAGUAUAACUACAUUAGGCCCCGGGCCAUUUACAUGCCAAACGACAUUUUAUCAAAAUCUACAUAGAUUGAAGUUCAAAAUUUGACACGUAUAUCAACAGGAUGACAAAAGUGACAUACAAGCUACUGAUUAAGACAUCUAUGUUGUAUGGAGAAGGUGCGACAGAUUCAAAUGUCUCUGUUCAACUAGUUGGCGAAAAUAAAUCUCAUACAGAUUGGCACACGCUUGACAAAUUUUGGCGAGAUGAUUUUGAACAAGGAAGAACAGAUGACUUCACGAUGGAAGACAAGGAAGUGGGGAGAGUCUUGUUUAUACGAUUCCAUCUGAAACAUACAAAUAAAGAAAAGGAUUUGUGGGCAUGUGACAACGUAAUAAUCCAUCAUGGUAAUUACGUUGAUGAGUUUCCGCUGUACGAUUGGGUUGUUGAUAACUCUGUAAUUGUAAGAGGUGAAGGACUGAUUCCCCAAAAAAUAAAGUCUGAUGAACUGCUAAAGGCUAUUAAAGAAGAACGAGAAAAUAAUCUACAAAGAUUUGCGUGGAUUGAAAAGGCAAAACAGGGAGAUCCUGGGUGGAUGUUGCCUAGAUUUCCACCUGCAAAAAAUCUUCACAACGUGCCCCAUCAAUUGAAAAUGGAAGACGCAAGAUUUGAACACAUGUCUGAAAUGAGAAACGUUGUGAAGUUUAACGCUCUUGUCGAAAAGUUACAAAGUUAUUUGUUCCCGAUCAAGGAAUUGGAAGAUUACAAGAAUCUCUUCAGUGGAUUCAGAAUCUCUGGAGAUUUGCUCCCAUUUAUGGAAAGAUGGGAAGAAGAUGAAGAACAAGGACGACAGAUGUUAAAUGGUGCAAGCCCUUUUGCAAUUAGUCGUUGUAGAGGGUUACCAGAUUACUGUAAAAUUACUAAUUCUCAUGUACAAUCAUUUUUAAAUGAAGGAAAGUCGUUGAAGGACGAAAUUAAAGAAGGACGAAUUUACAUCGCCGACUACUCAUACAUGACUAAAGGUCUGCCAAGAAACAAGCAAUAUAAAACUGGAGAUCCUCUCUAUUGUGCGGAUGUCACAGCGCUGUUCUAUUCAUCUGGCGACGGCAAAUUUCGCCCAAUCGCAAUCCAGUUAGAACCAGAUAAUGCAGAUUCCAUUUUUACUCCAAAGGAUGAGAGAUACGACUGGAUGUUGGCCAAAAUGUACUUCCGAUGCGCCGAUACCAUUGUGCACCAGUGGAUAUACCAUUUCUUGUGGGGACAUGCGUUGCCAGAAACAGCUGCUGUAGCAAUGUUCCGAAAUCUAUCACGAACUCAUCCAAUCUACAAGCUUGUUCGCCCACAUCUUCAGCAUGUUGUUGUAAUUAAUCAAUUUGCAAGAGAUACUCUUAUCUUUGAUAACAGCACUUCAAACUAUACCAGAUCCAUAAAUGGUUCUGCAUUGGCAAGGCAUGUUUUCAAAGAUUUCGACUUUGACGAUUUUGCCCUCCCGAAGUUGCUCAAGAAAAAAGGUCUUGAUGACUACAAUCUUCUGCAGAACUACCAUUACAGAGAUGACGCUACCGCUUUAUGGAAUGCAAUUAAAAAGUAUCUUUCGAAAGUCAUCAAUAUAUAUUACAAGGCGGAUGAGGACGUUCGUGGUGACGAACAAAUACAAUCGUGGAUUUAUGACUUCGCAACUGAAGGAUUAGCAUGGCCAGAUGGAAAUACGAGAGGAUGUCCGACCAGUCUUAAUAGUGUUGAUGAACUGGUACAAUUCUGCACAAUCGUCGUCUUCAAUAGUGCUGUUCAACAUUCAGCAACACACAAUGCUAUGUUUGAUUUGUACAAAUUCAUUCCAAAUGCACCUGGCGGAAUGAGGCUACCUAUACAUAAAAGAGGCGAGGCAACACUUCAGCGAGUGCUAGAUUCUCUUCCUGAUGUUACAAUGGCAACGAUUUUGUUUGGAAGUGCCUUCGUUUUGACAGAAUUGCCAGAAGAAGAGGUUUAUCUUGGAGAAUUUCCAAUGAAUCUUUUUAUUGAAGAAGAACCAAAGAAAAUUUUGAAAGAGUUUGCAGAUGAUCUUAAUGUGGUUGGGGAUAAAAUGAAAGAACGAAACAAGAAAUUGGAAUACCCAUACGAAUAUCUUUUACCAGAAAGAGUACCUACCGGCACUACUGCGUGAAAAUAACGAUAUAUGAUUAUAUGGAUAAAGCAAUGCAAAAGUGAUGUUAUAUAUAGUGUUGAGGAAAAACUGAAAUUGUUUAUUUUGAACUGAAAUUCGUUAGCAGUUUCACAGUUUAGUGUGAUUAUUCUUUGAAUUUUAAUCCGGAAUUAGGGGAUUUGAAACAGUUUGCUUGAACAUGAAUCAUAACAUUAAAUAGAAAUUUUUCUUCUAUCUACGAGAAACAACCAUGAUGUGAUAAUGAUGCUUCUAGUGACUUUACGGUGCUCACAAAGUAUUGGUGCCACGAUGGCGUCCAACCUAAACAUAGUAUGUGUACCAGGUCGAGAUUGUUCAGGUUGUGUGAAUAUUUCCGGAGCGCCGAUUUCACUUGAAUAUACAAACUGGAGUUUUCAGCUUUUUUUUUAAAUGGAAUAAAUAUUACAUCACAAAUUCAGGUCGUUUCAAGCAAUUCCAAUUAUAUAUUUAUAACCUAUAUACCGGAAAGUAUACAUAAAAAAUUAUUGAAUAAUCGACUGGAGUAUCUUUAAAUAUUCCAUUUAUUGCUAAACUUGUAAGCUUAUCUUUUAUUUUAAUGAUUUUUAUUAAUCAAGAUAUCUUAUUUUACCGAGUCGCAGAUUACUUAAAUUAAAUGGAUUUCAACGUAUUUAUCAGUAUAAAUGAAUAUAUGUAUGGUAAAUAUUG